ACGGAAGUGGGAACAAAACACCAGCGUCAGCGCGUCAAUACUCCGGUGUUUUUAACAUUUUAUCGUUGAAUUUUAGCUACUUUUGAUAAACAAUUAUGUCUCAGCAGGCAGGGUAUUCACCCAGCUUCAAGCGACCGGCGGAAAUAAUGCGAAUGAGGCGAAAAAGAACCCGAAGCGACGCCAGUGUCUUCUCCAGCCCGAGCGGCCAGGGCUCCUCCUGCAGCCCCGGACAAAGCGACUCAUCCCCGGCGGGCGUUCGGCCUUUCUCCCCGGGGCCGCUUUUUAACACCCAGGCCCGCUCUGGAGGUGGGGUGAAACGCAGAAACCCGUUCGCGAACAUUGAAAACACUUACAGCCCCAAAAAGAAACUUCUUAUUUAUAACGACGACGGGAAUGCUGAAGCUGGGCACGGGUACAAGACUAUGAAGUGGACUGGAGAGGAGGAGUGUGGAGGAGUUUUAUCUUUCAGGGCAAAGUUGGCUGAGGCAGAAAAUCAGGAGCACCAAGACAGUUCCAGCGAGAAGUGUCUCACCUUCUCUGAGGAUGACUCCCUAUUUGAAGAGGAGAAGGAAGAUGUUAAAAGCCCACUGCUGAAGAGUCCCCAGGCCAUCGCCCCAGCCUCCAUAGCCCCCCCAGUCUGCACAGAGUAUCCAGCAGACUGGAGCCUGAAAACCCGCCUCCUCUUCACCUCCCCGCUCACCCUGUCGUGGGCAGAGCACCCCAAAGCCCAAGAGGAAGCUUCGGGGCUCAGUCAGCACUGCAGAGCUCAGUUUGGCAGCCUGCCACACAGUCUACAGGAUCCCAGGUCCUGCUCAGAGCUGCGCUGUGCCUUCCAGCAGAGUCUGGUGUACUGGCAGCACCCCUCCGUGCCUUGGAUCUCUCUGUUUCCCCGGAUCAACGCUGAGAGGAGCUUCGCUGGGAAGAGCGCCCCAUGGGCACAGGAUAGAGCGCUGCAGCAGAGUCUCAUGAGUGAAUGGUCAGUCAGCCUGUCAUCUCUCUACAGUCUACUGAAGGCCAAGCUGUGUCCUUACUUUUAUCUCUGCUCCUAUCAGUUUACAGUGCUGUUCAGGGCAGCAGGUCUUGGCGGCUCGAGCAGCAUCACUGCCUUAAUUUCUCCGACAACCAGGGGCCUUAGAGAGGCGAUGAAGGCUGAAGGUAUAGAGUUCAGUCUCCCUCUAGUGGAGGAGAGGAGGAAGAGCAGGGAGCAACACAGUCUGGCAGUACCCCAAGGAGAGGAGGACGAGCCGGAGAAAGUUCAAGAUGGUUCUGAGCUGAAAGAGGGCGCGGACUAUAAGGCAGGUGAUGAAGGAGAGAAUGACGAAUACAAUAACGAUGACGACGGCAGCUUCUCCUGGCUCGAGGAGAUGGGAGUCCAGGACAAAAUCAAGAAGCCAGACAGCAUCAGCAUACAACUUCGCAGAGAGGGUCAGACCGUGUCCCUGGAUCACAAGCCGGAGUCUGUGGUGUGCGUGGAGGGAUCCCACACCUUCACCCUCAUCAACUUCCUCAUCAACUGUAAGAGCCUGGUGGCUUCAGCGGGCUCCCAGGCGGGGUUACCUCCAACGCUCCUGGCUCCCGGUGCUUUCAAAGGAGCCACGAUGCACACCCUGAAGGCUCGCAGCGUCAAUGUGAAGAGCCAAGUUGGUUCUACGUACCAGAACAUCAGCAGCCUGGAGAUCACAGGACCCAUCCUCCCCUCCUCCCUCCACACCAUCACAACCCUCCUCCGACCUGCACAGAAAGGAAACUUCUCUGCUGCUCUUUACACACACGCGCCCACUGCUGUCAUGAACACAUGCAGCACUACGCAACAGUGCACCGGUGGGUCGGACCUGUCCGGUUGCGGCCUCCAUCCCGCCUCCAUCGAGCAGCUGCGGCAGACGUCCACUCUGAGCAAGACCGCUCUGACUCACAUCAACAUGAACAACUACAGCUACACCUGGAAGAACUGACGCAGGGAGGUGCUGCACGUCAAGAUUGCUAUGCGUCACUUUUACUUUACAAAAGACGAUAGGAGCAGACAAAUGAAAUUACACUAGUCUGUCUCUGGAUGUGUACAUGAGAUGCCUUCACACAACAUAUAUUUGAUCUCUUUAAAGCUGUGCUCUUGUAACAGAUCUGAUUUUAAUGUUGAUAAAUGCAUACUUUAGUAA